UGCAAAAAAUAAAUGUGCGGCGGGUGGCGGCUGGAGCAGGAGCAGACGCAGACGCAGCCGCACCAACAGUCCCGACCAGACAAAAGAAAGAGGACUCGGAAAAAGAAAAGAAAAGCCAGAAGGUCGAAACCGCAUUCGCAUUCGCAAUCGCAAUCGCAGUCAGAACCGCAAUCGGAAUCGAAGAGGAGCUCCCAUUAGGGAAUCAACGCGAGCAAACCAACGAACAACUAAAUAAUAGAAUAAGCAAUAGCAACCUUCUACUUGUAAAGGAUACCAAAUAUAAUAUAUUAAGGACGCUUUAAAGGAUACCUAGAAUUAGGUUUUACGAAAUACGAAAAACGAAGACAUGUAAUGUGUGUUUCGUUGGGGAAAAUCAACGCUUCAUAAAUUACGAUUUAGUGAAUAGACAAAUUUAAGAACCAACAACAACAACAGCAAGCAUCUCGGGUGUUUUAUAACCCGCUACACAGCCACAAGGAUACCGGAAUACAAGGAUACACGGGUAGGAGAGGACUCCCAGACCCACCAAACAACACGGCAAAGUGCGGCCGUAAUGGGUGGUGGCUUUGCUGGGCCACCAAUUACAUUAGCAACCAGCAACCAGAGCCCGGCCUUAGCCAGAGCCAGAAACAACAAGGAGAAGGAGCAGCAACAUCAAAUACAGGUACAGCCACAAACAUAUCCACGGACGCAGAUAGAAGCGAAGGCGGAGACGGAGAGCAGGUCCUCAACGGUCGCUCCAAUGCACGAGAAACUCCUGGAGAAGGAGGAGACGCGCAAAGAAAAGACUGAACGGGCAACAAGUCUGCUGGGUGGCAAGGUCAAGGAGAAGCCGCCCAAGGACAAGCCACCAAAGCAAUCGAAAUUCGCGGAGCGCCUGCGACGCUCCUUCCGCCGUGGCGACCAUCGCUCCCUGGAAAUCAAGCGUCAGGAGCCCACGCCGGACGAGCUCAGGGCCAAGAGCCGUGCCACUCCGCCGCUGCCGCUGUCGUCGGAGAACAACAAUCUGAUCGCCGGCAGAUCGCCCUCAGCCUUUGCCCUCAGUCAGCUGCAUCUGCCCGGUGUGGGCUUGGGCGGGCACAUCAAUCCCGCUCUGCUGCUGGACAGCCCCGACGAGUGCACGCCCCCCGAGUACGCGUAUCGGCAUCUGAGCAGCGUCGCCACCACCAACUCGAGCACCUCCCUGGAGAGCAACUGCGAGCUGGGAGAGCUGAGCGGCUCCCAGACGAGCGUCUUCUACUGGGCCUGUGGCCAGCAGGCGACCAACGCACCCAUGGGCGGAGAGGUGAGCACGGCCAACGGUGGUGCGGCAGCAGGAUCGCAGCAGGAUGCACAGGAGCGUGCCAAGCGACGCCUGGAGACACAGAGCAGCAAUCGGAGUGACCAGCAGCCGGUGUCCAUUACAACGACCACAUCGUCGGCUCCAGCCAGCGGCAGUCGGAGCUGCAGCCUCACCAGCGAGAGCAGCUCCGUGCGGCUCACACGACUCCAGAACUUCCUCUUCAAGAGCAGCAACGAGAGCUCGAGGAGCUGUCAGGGGCACUCGAAUGAGGGCUUCACGGCCUCCUCGCACAACUCCUCCUCGGGCGAGUGGGAGCAGCUGGGCGCCCACGGGCCACUGUCCAGCAGCAGCGGUGUGGGCUUCCACGGUGGCUCCUUCCCGGAGGAGAGCACCCCCGAUGAGACCGAUGCCACGGACGCGGGCAGCACGCUGCCGGUGGAGAGCGGAGAGGCGGGCGGCGGCUACUACCAGUACACCUUGACCUCGCCGAACAAUCCCUUCCUGCCGGAGAUCACGGCCCGCACCUACCACAGCACCUACGAGGACGAUGGCUUGGAGCAGAUGGAGGAGCUGCAGCUGGAUGGGAACGUGACGUCCGUGAAGUACAAUGCCAGUGCCGCUGGCACGCGGUCCGCCCAGCUGCCGACGCCCGCGUACAGUCGCGCCGGGUCCCAGGAGUCGACGCACAGCGAGAGCGGCGUCAGCUGUCCCCCAGGCCCAAGUCCCAGCCCCGCCUCCAGCUCCUCCUCGACGCCCGGACGGCACAGGCGGAAACUCUUCAGCCUGAAUUCGCCCACGAGGCUGCUGCACCAUGCCCCCGCCGCCCAACCGACGCCGACAGCCUCCCCGCCCUCCAGCGCGCAGCAGGAGAGCAGCGGCCGCUUCCAUUCUGGCAGUCUGGUGCGGAGCCUCAAUCCCUUCCUGCCCACCGCCUCCUCGCCCAAGCGUGGCUCGCCCCUGAAGCAGUCGGCCGUCACCUCGCCAGGCGCCGUCACCCCGGACCUGGGCACCAAGCGGGAGGAGUUCCUGCGGGCCACCAUGAAGAUCUGCCUGGUGGUGUCGCCGCCCAGCAGCAAGCUGCAGCUGAAAUCGAAAAGCCUCACGCACUUGGAUGGCCUCGAUACGGCGGUGGCCUGCCAGCACGGGCCCGGAGGGACUGCAGCGACUACCUCGAUUGUCCAAUCGGCUGCCACACCUGGCGUGUCCUCUGGGCAUCAGCACCAUCAGGCGGCAGCAACGACACCAACGGCGCUUGGCCGGCAGCCUCAUGCGACGGAAAAGGUCGAUUUGACCAAAGUUUGCCCUGACCAGUCCGUGUCCCAUCCACCCACAAUUUACACCCAAGCACCGCAGAUCGUGCGUCGGGCGCCGUCGCUGAUGCUCUCACUCUCGCCCACGCUCGACACAACGACCACGGCCGCGUCCGCCUGUUUUGCUGGCUCCGGUCGACCCACUGUGCACUCGAGUGCCAGCUCCUUGCACCAACAUCAGCAGCAGCAGCAGCAGCAUCAGCAGCAAAAGCACCCACAACAGCCGGCCAUGGCUUCGGCGGUUACGAGUAGUGGUAGUGGCACCGGUGGCACAACGACAACUCAUUCGAUACCCUCCUCCUCCUGCUCCUCCUUCAAACACUUUCAGUAUCCGAGCGGCGAGGCGCAGGUGGCAGCGGCAGCGACCUCGCUGAGCCCCUACAGCAGCACGCCCACUUCGGGCCCACCGCUGAGCUCACCGUCAGGCCUGUCGGCGUCAACGCCGGCGACAGUCAAAAAGAAAUCCUCAUUUUUGCAGCGCAAGAAACCGCUAUUGACACGCAGCGAGGUGUCCAGUUCCGAGUUCUUUUCCGUGUCGUUUUGCAUGGAGUCGUCCCAGCAUCCGGACGAGGAAUUCAUACCGGCCACAAAAGGAGUUACGCUACUUAACGCACUUAGCCAUGCCCUGCGGCGGAGGAACCUCACGUUUUCACAGAUCACGAUAACGGACAAUAAUCCCACGCCGAGUUUUUUAGAUGCAGGUCCUUCGCCCGCAACGAGUUCCGUGGAUGAGCAAACCGAUGUGGAGAACCUGGCUGGCCAUCAUCUAUGCAUCACGGAACGUGGCUCCAAUCGCAAACCAUUGCAGAAGGCAGCCUCCUUUGGUUCCCGACAACCGCCGCCCCGCCUGCUGCCCUCCGCCUCGACGGAAGAGACCAGCGAUGCGGCUGUGGCGGCUGGCAAACAAAUCAAACAACGAUGGUCCUCCCUCUUCGGCAUCAAGAACCCCCAGCAGAGCCAGCUGUGUGAGCUGCUGAACAGCUACUCGCGGAAUGGAGUGCCCCAGCGGGCGGAAGGCCUCAGCUGUGAGCAUCCGGACCUCGACAACUCGCUGGCGUACCUGCAGAACAUGCACAAGUCCUGGCGGGACUUUGUCGAGAGCGACGGCAUGGCCGAGAGCGAGGUCAAGAUCCAGACGGCCAUCUGGGAGCUGGUCACCACCGAAGUGUACUACAUUCACGCCCUGCAAACGGUCACGGAGCUUUUCCUCGCUUGUCUCGAGGCUGUGCAGGAGGAGCGGCUGCUGAUUGAUGUCGACCAGGCGCGUCUGUUCUCCAAUGUGCGAGCCGUUUGCGAGGCAAAUAUCAAGUUCUGGACGAUGUGGCUCUAUCCGAUGGUGGCCCACAGCGUGGUGACACACGAGCCACUGCGUUGCGCCUUCUUCCAGGAAGGAUUCAUUGCAUUCGCCUCAAUAUUUGCGCCAUACAAAAUCUACUGUGCCGAGCAGAGCACCUGCCAGUUCUACUGCAAGGAGCUGAAUCAGAACAAUCCGCUGUUCACCUCGUACCUGGCGUGGUGCGAGUCGCAGAAGAUGUGCAACCGCCUGCGGCUGGCCGACAUUGUGGUGCGACCGAUGCAGCGCCUGACCAAGUACAGCCUCCUGCUGGCCGCCAUCAAGAAGCACAUGAGCGACGUGGAGGAGAUCGAGGCCAUUGAUGUGAUGAUGCACAGCGUCGAGAACUUUGUGGGCAGCGUCAACAAUCACCUGACGAUGCGGCAGGAGAACGAGCGGCUCAAGGGCGUGAUGGUGCGGAUUGAGUCCUACGACGUGGUGGACACCAACAACGAGGGGCUGGACAAGCUGAUCAAGCAACACAGCCAGAUGUUCGAUCUGUGUGCCCCGAUGCGCGGCUGUCCGUCAUAUCAUGUGCGGCACCUGUUCAUGGAGGGCGACCACAAGUUCAAGGACAACCUGGGCAAGUCCGAUGUGCACUGCUUCCUGCUGACGGACCUGCUGCUCGUCUGCAAAACCAUGGCCAAGCGAGGACUGGGCGCACUGAAGGUCAUCCGGCAGCCGUACCUAACCGACCAGCUAAUCGUCCACAUGGCCCCGAACAACACCCUCAACUGUGUCUACCUCAACGAGUUCCAGGUGGCCAGCACGGCGUUCACGCUGCAGUGCACGGAGGCCAAGAACUGGUACGACGCGAUGUGGCGGGCCAAGACCAUCUACCAAAGACUGAAGCGCGGAGCCGGAGGCGGCGGCGGUGGCACUGUGGGUGACAGCUUCCGCUUUGGUGGCAGCGGCACUAGCGGCGGCACAGCCGACAGCCUGGGGGUGCGCAAGUCACCGAUGAACUCCUCCAUCUGCAGCCAUGUGUCCAGUGCGAACAACAGCCACAGCGGCAGUGUCGAGUGGAACGAUUCGCGCAACAUAUCCGUGGACUUUGAGAAGACAAACUCCGUGUCGAGCGACGAGGGAUCCGGCCUGAUGACAGGUAACCAUGGAAUAGCCACGAAGGGAAAGCAGCAACUGAUUAGCGGUCUGCACAAGGCAAAGAUUGGGAUGAUUGGCGCCAUUGGGUCCAAGUCGGCGAAUACCCUGACUGUGCAGCCGUUGAACCACCUGGGGCAGAGUCUGCCCAACCUGAACAUGCACCACAGUCACACUAACAAUACCCUGCUCGUGCCGGGCACGACCACUAGCCACUCGGGCAACAUGUUGUUGUCGCCCAGCCACCGUGGCAUUUCCUAUCCGCCGCCGAGCCCAACGAGAGUGCCGCUGCGCCGUGGCAUGGCCUUCUCGACCUCCACCAAGAAUCCGCCACUGCGGAAGACGCGCAACGUGACCUCCCAGAACAGUAUUAACUGGCAUCAGAUACCGGCCACCCCGACGCCCACGCCGCCCAGUCCCCGGUCGCAGCACAGCUCGACACCCGCCGCCAGCAUUGCCCUGCAAAAGUCGCUGCCAGUGCUGGAUCCAUCGCCCCCGUUGCUCCACAAGCAGCUCUCCCACCAGGCACCCCUGACGACAUCCAGCACCGAGACGGACGUAUGAUGUGGAGCCAAACUCCGGCGACCUGCGACCGGUGCCCGCAAGCUGUAGUACUUGGAGCUGGACUACGAUAGAAACAAGAGAGCGUGUACUUAACUUAACCUGUCACAUAUUAGCAAUAGCACACACACAGAGAGCACUUUUCUAUUAGGAGGAACUUAAACUUGAACUUGUGAGAAACGGCACUUUUGGGUCCAAGCUGAUAUUUAAACAAUGUACAUUCCAAAACUAUCUACUAAAACCUAUCUAUCUACCCCGCGUCAGACCACCUAGCCUCUCAAGCUUCGACCUUUACUGAACACUGAAACACUCAGCCAUAUUACGAGUACUCUUCCCCUAAAGAUAUAAAGACAAAUAAAGUUUAACCCAUGGAAGAAGUUAA